UCAUCACUUGUGCAAGGGGAGCGUUUAACCUGCCGCACAGCUGGCGGGGCGUAGAACCGUGAUGUGUUCGGAAAUAAGAUUUACGUGAAACGUACGUUUUGUUUUGUUUUUCGAAUCUGACUGCAUAGACUUGUCCCCCUGCUGCGACUCCAGAUACUACAUCGUUCGCAUGCAUAAAGUCUACGAUCUGAAGAUGAAGAAGAAAACGGUGGGGAAGACGCGUCACGUCGUGGCCUGGAUGAACAAAGCGGAGUACGAGCAUGUGCUGGAGUAUUUGUUCUCCAAAGAGCCCGCGCUGCAGAAACACGCGCUGCACAGGAUCUCUGCGUGGAAGGGCAGGUUUGGACAAAGCACUCCAGUGGCUGUGGAGAGCACAGCGGACCUGGUUCGUUGUCAGGUGCUGGACAGCACAGGUCAGCUGGAGGUCAAUGAUCUAGUGCUGCUGUAUGGCAUGGCACUGGUUCGGUUUGUUAAUCUCAUCACAGAACGGCAACAGAAAAGAGUUGCCAGACCCUUACGACGGUUAGCUGGGAAUAUAAAUAUUCCAGAGUGGGUGGUAAACCUCAGGCAUGAUCUGACACACCGCAGACUCCCGUCACUAAAGUGGUGCAGGAAAGGCUGUGGAUUCGUGCUGGACUGGUUGCAUCAAGAGUACUGGUCUCGCCAGAUGGGCAGUCAGCUGACAGAGGACUGGAACUCUUCAUCAGAAGAGGAGGACGAAGAGGAGUUUGCUAUAAGAUAUGAGGAAGAGCUACUCCGCAGACAGAAGGAGAUUGAGGCACACAAAAAAGUCAGAGAACUGCUCAUCUCUUAUGAACGAGAACAGUUUCAGACGUACGAAGAGCUGGCGAAGCAGGGCGGGCAGCGUGGUGUGUGGCCGGAUGCCAGCGCUGAUCUCAGCUGGAUCCUGACGCAGAUCAAACACUUCUCCACAGAGGCCAGAGACGUCCUCAUUGAUGUUUUAAUGCAGGAUGGAUUCCUUAUUCCUACUGCAGAACAACUGGAGUCUUUGGAUAUUGACCCCUCAGAGGACUCUGUGGACAUGUUCGCCCCAUGUCUUCCUCGAGUGUUUUUGCACUUCUGGUUGCCAUGUUUGAAGGUCUUGAAUACAUCCAUCUUUAUAAACCUGAUCCUUGAGAAACUGUUCGCUGAGCUCUCGAAUGAGCCGUCCAGUCACAGAACUUACUACAUCGCCUCCUGGAUCUCUGAAAUUAUACUCUGCAACAGCAAAAGUACGAAUCUGAGACAUCCUCUGGGUCUCUGUGGUGAAUUGAAGGCUCACAAGCGACUUAAAAUAUCCAAGGAAAGGAUCUUCAUUAACCGAUUACAGUUUCCAUGGCAGAAUCUGAUUUCGACAUGUGUGAACGCACCAUGCCCAGCUACACCUUUCCUUCUGCGACAGAUUUUGAGUGACAUGGAUAAGCCCCUCCCACAUGACGCCCAGCAGAACCUGCUCCGGCUCUGCAGCAUUUACACACAGGGAUACCAUGAAAACACCUCCCCCGGACCCUCAGACCCCGCUCAGCCUGUGUACACCCUGCAGAACCUUCAGGACAGACUCAAGAGUAACACCUCACAGAACAGAGACACCCACUCAUCUAACCACGCCCCCAGAUCUGUGCAGGCUCCGCCCACAGAGGACCUCCAGGAAAAGCUAAGCGCAGAAACUAUACAGGAGAGAAACUUUGCAUUACGAGGAUCAGCAUGGAGCGUGUGCACAGAUAAAGUCCCCUGGAAACAGUACCCGCUAGGAAAGGUUCCAGGACAGCCAGAGGACCCCUCCUGUUUGAUGGUGGAGUGCUAUUCUACAUUUACUGUAUUUGACCAGCAGGUGGAGCUAGAUCAGCUCCCCCAGCACCAUGGCAACAGGAGUGGUCCCCUUCAGAGCAGAGUCAGUGGAGCAGAUGGGCCGCUUUGGACUCACAGUGAUUUAAGCAAACUCAAAGCUGGACUCCAGCUGUUCUAACACACAUACUCAGAUACUCGGCCGACCCUGAACUAUGAACCCUGUGAUGUUGAGGCUCUUCUAGACACACACUCACUUCCAACCUCUCAUGUACGGGAAUUGGAAAUACUAAGCUGUUUUUCUUUUAUAAUUCCUGUCCAUCUUUGUUAGAAGGAAUAGUGGUCUAAUGUUAUAACAGUCCAGGCUGCAGUUUGAUCAGCUCAGCCCUACAGCUCUUAGGUCUGUUCAAACCAUCUGGAAGUGAAACUCCUAUGAGCAGUGUCUCAUGCGUUUCUAAUGAAGAAGUUGGUGAUGUUUGAGAAAUGCUGUAAAUUACAUGACAUUAUUUUUGAACACAAAGUUUCCAAAUAAACUUCAUUUAGUAUUGUGCA